AAAAAAAAAAAAAACCCCGGUAUUGAAGAGCUACACCAGAAGGAGAGUGUCUUCUUUGGUUCUACAAACCGAAGGAACGGUUUGCUCAAACUCUGUUUCAAUCCCAUAAAUCUUUUUUUUGUUCCUGAUAAUUUCACAGCUAAAAGCUCUAGAUUCUCAUCUUCGACGGAGAAGAAAUCCCCGAACGAAGUGUUUCAAGUUUUUCACAGAGAGUUUACGCAUUUCCAUGCUCAAACAUCGCUGAAUCGGGAAUGUUUUGGUGGGGUUUUGUUUUCUUGAUGAGUUUUCGAGCUGCGAUUAUGUAAACCCCUGAGCGAUCGGUUGAUGCUGUGAUUGGAUUGGGUGGAUUUUUCCUUUUUGCUCUUCUGUAUCUGGCUGAGUUGGAUUAGUUCCCUGGAGAUAUGAAAGGUGGCGAUGAAGCUAUGCCAGCUCCGGCAGCCUCCUCACAGCCUCUGGAGUGGAAAUUCUCGCAGGUGUUUGGUGAACGUACCGCCGGUGAAGAAGUACAGGAAGUUGAUAUUAUUUCAGCCAUUGAAUUUGAUAAAACGGGCGAUCAUCUUGCUACCGGCGAUCGAGGUGGUCGAGUGGUUCUUUUUGAGAGGACUGAUAGAAAAGAUCAUGGAGGAACGAGAAAGGACUUGGAAAAAAAGGACCAUUCAGUUAGUAGGCAUCCUGAGUUCCGUUAUAAAACAGAGUUCCAGAGCCAUGAACCCGAGUUUGACUAUCUCAAGAGCUUGGAAAUAGAGGAGAAAAUUAACAAAAUCAGAUGGUGUCAAACGGCCAAUGGAGCACUCUUUUUAUUGUCUACGAAUGAUAAAACCAUUAAGUUUUGGAAGGUGCAAGAAAAAAAGAUCAAGAAAAUAUCCAGCAUGAAUGUGGACGCUUCCAAAGCUGUUGGCAACGGAUGUAUAGCUAGUUCAAGUAGUUCUACACCACAUCUUCCAAAUGGAGGAUCAUGUGAUGGACUUUAUAAUCAUCCAAGCAAUGACCUAUUGGGAGCCAUUUCGUCACUUCGUCUUCAAGUGGUAACUAGCCAUGAGACGAGCCUUCUUGCUAGAUGUCGAAGAGUAUAUGCUCAUGCUCAUGAUUAUCACAUCAACUCUAUCUCAAAUAACAGUGAUGGUGAAACCUUUAUAUCGGCUGAUGAUCUGCGAAUAAAUCUUUGGAAUUUGGAAAUUAGCAAUCAAAGUUUCAACAUUGUUGAUGUAAAGCCUGCUAACAUGGAGGAUUUAACUGAGGUGAUUACAGCUGCUGAGUUUCACCCUACACACUGUAACAUGCUAGCAUAUAGCAGCUCAAAAGGCUCAAUCCGCCUAGUUGAUUUGCGGCAGUCAGCAUUAUGUGAUUCCCAUGCCAAAUUAUUUGAGGAACCUGAGGCACCUGGUUCUAGAUCAUUUUUCACUGAGAUAAUUGCUUCAAUCUCAGACAUUAAAUUUGGAAAGAACGGAAGAUAUAUAUUAAGUCGUGAUUACAUGACCCUUAAGUUAUGGGACAUCAAUAUGGAUUCUGGUCCGGUUUCUACCUUCCAAGUUCAUGAAUAUUUAAGACCCAAGCUUUGUGAUUUAUACGAAAAUGAUUCGAUCUUUGACAAGUUUGAGUGUUGUCUGAGUGGUGAUGGAUUGCAUAUAACUACAGGUUCCUACAGCAAUUUAUUCCGAGUUUUUGGUUCUUCCCCCGGAAGUACCGAGGCAACAACUUUGGAAGCUAGCAAAAACCCAACUAGGAGACAAGUGCAGACCCCUUCAAGACCUUCAAGAUCACUUGGUAGUAGUUUAACGAGAGUUGUCAGACGAGCAGGAUCUGAGAGCCCAGGGGUUGAUGCAAACGGAAAUCCUUUUGAUUUCACUACUAAGCUGCUGCAUCUAGCAUGGCAUCCGGCUGAAAAUUCAAUUGCCUGUGCUGCCGCAAACAGCUUGUACAUGUAUUAUGCAUAAGGAGGGGCUGAGUAUCAAAUGACACCACCUGCUUAACGUUUUUGACUUCUGUCGGUAAAAAUUCUUUCCUUUCUCAUCGACCCGAAAGCACAGAAGCUACAUUCAUUGAGUUCGAUAUGCCUACAAUAUCUUUAACUGCGUGGCCAAAAAUUCCACAAGAAAGCAUGUUGUUUAUGUUCCGCAGGUGGGCAACGUUUCCUUUUCUUCUUUUCUUUCACCCCUUUAAGUCUCUUUUCAUUUCCUCCGUAAUCCUUUCUUUUCCUCCAAAAGAGAAGAGAUUUAGUUGUGUUCUAUAUUUUGUUGGGCUGAACCGAGGGAAAUCCUGACUGUAGCUUCCCUGCAGCAAGUACUGAAAUUGUUGAUCAAUAUCUUCUUCCACUAGGUUCUAGAUUAAGAAAUGUAGUAUUUUUAGUUAACUUCUAAAAGUAUCGGCGGGAAGGAGCUGUUAAAUCUUGCAGUACAUCAAAUUAUUUUUUUCAAUUGAUUCAUUGUCACUCUCAGAAAGUACAUUGGAAUGUUUUUCAUAAUUUAUUACUGUAGUUUUAUGUAAAGAACAAUUAUAUUGAAUGUAGCCUACAUAGCUCUGAAUAUUUUUGCAUGCAGAAA